UUUAGUUACUUUUUCUGUUUUUUUAUUUUUAUUUUUAUUUCCAAAUUUCGUUCCUCUGACAAGAUAAUUCUUUAUUUGAAUCACAGCGUUUCUCUUUUCCGUUUUCCCGUCGACCAUUCGGAGAUAGAACGAACAAAGCUCGAGUAUAACCAGAGAAACCCUCUAUGGAUCUCCUGAAACAAGAGCUUCUCAAUAAGCGUAAAAGCCUCACAGAGGAAGUCGGCGGCAGGAAGUUCUUCAAGCGCUCCGAAAUCGAGCAGAAGAAGAUCCAAAAGCUUCGCGAAGAAGAAAAACGCGAGCUUGAAUCAAAAGCUCUCCGUCACGCUCAAUUGCACCAAUCAUCCGCCGCCAACCCCUCCUCCUCAUCAUCCUCCUCCGCCCUUCCUUCCGCCGCAUCGAACUCCUCCAAGUCAGACUCCGCCGCCCCGUCCCUCUCCAGAACCUUAACCCUAGAGCACAACAUCGACGACCUCAACCUUCCCAAGCAGGAAGUUAUCCGCCGCCUUCGGUUCCUCAAACAGCCAGUUACGCUUUUUGGCGAGGACGACGCCGCACGGCUUGAUCGCUUGAAGUAUGUGCUGAAAGCGGGAACUUUUGAGGUCGAUAGCGAUAUGACUGAGGGACAGACCAAUGACUUUCUCCGGGACAUUGCUGAGCUACGGAAGCGGCAGAAGACGGGAAUCCUGAGUGACCGCAAGAGAAAGAGAGAGGGGGAUGGGGUUAAGGAUGGUGAGCGGGAUGGCGGCGGGGAUGAGGAUUUGAGUGGAGACGGGGGGUCUUCAGGGGUCGAUGCUGAUAAAGAUUUGAAGCGGAUGAAGGCGAAUUUUGAGGAACUGUGCGAAGAAGAUAAAAUCCUCGUAUUUUUUAAGAGGUUGUUGAAUGAGUGGAAGCAGGAGCUGGAUGAGAUGCCCGACGCAGAGAAGAGGACUGCGAAGGGGAAGUCCAUAGUUGCGACGUUUAAGCAGUGUGCGCGGUACUUGACUCCACUAUUCAAGUUCUGCAGGAAAAAGGUUCUUCAAGAUGAUAUCCGGCAAGCUUUACUUGUGGUGGUUGAUUGCUGCAUGGAGCGAAACUACCUAGCUGCAAUGGAUCAGUACAUCAAGCUGGCCAUUGGAAAUGCACCUUGGCCUAUUGGUGUUACCAUGGUUGGUAUUCACGAACGUUCGGCCCGUGAGAAAAUCUACACCAAUAGUGUGGCCCACAUUAUGAAUGAUGAGACAACUCGCAAGUAUCUGCAAUCAGUGAAGAGAUUGAUGACAUUUUGUCAAAGGCGUUACCCAACAAUGCCAUCUAAAGCAGUCGAGUUUAACAGCUUAGCAAACGGAAGCGACUUACAAUCUUUGCUGAACGAAGAUAGGGUUUUUGGGUGGAAUAACCAAGCUUCUGAGGAAACCCUUAGGCUACCAGCUCCAAGGGAGACGUAGUCGUCGUGUUUUUAAGUGUACACUGUUGAAACGUCGUUAAAUCUUAAUGUUCUUGAUGCAAUAUAAUGUUUAACUUGAUGUUCAUGUCACGAAGCCUGCUGCCUGAAUUGCACUUCUGAAGCCCAAAUCCUCCCAUACUAUCAUGCUUAUACAAAUGGAAUUCUGACCGAGCCCAAUGCAUUAGCCCAGUUGCAUGAUAGUAUGAUACUUAUAUGAGUGAAGAUAUUAUUUGCCUUAUUGUCA